AUGUCCUACACGAUCACCGUUAGCGUGUACCAGACAAAUCCGAACUGCUUCUUCAACAUCGUAGAGAAGAUCUGCUUCAACUACGGCGGGGGCGGAACCUGGUCAGAGGAGAGCGGGCGCCACGUCCUCCGGAUGGGCGCCAGCGGCACAUCGGGCGCACUUCUGUUCCAAUCCGACAUCGGGGAGCGCAUCUUCGUCGUCCUUGGCGUGCACAACUACGCGCGUUGGUGUGACGUCGUCACCGGUCUCGUCGGGCACGACACUGCGCUCGUCCUCCUGCCCCAGUACUAUGGCGGCGGCUCAAGGGCAUUCAUGCGUGAGAAGACGCUGCCCGUGUACGGCGUGACAAGCGCGAAGGGGAGGAGAACGGAGGUCAAGUACUCCGUCUACGACGGGCACGAGCUCAAGGCGGAUAUCAUCAUAGGUUGAUGGAUCAUGCAUGCAUAUCAUGCCUGGGAGGGCAGGGGCCACGCACGCCCAAGAGCAGACGUUACUUUCUAGUGCACUUCCCGAGAUAGAAGCCUGUUUCAGUACAUGUGUAGGAGUUGUUGAUGAACCACAGCUGAAUUGAA